CGUCCCCACUUAUUUGAGCUUUGGGAAGCUGGGGGCAGCCAGGCAGCUGGGGUAAGGAGUUCAGGGCAGCGCCCACACCCGGGGGCUCUCGCAACCCGACCGCCUACCCGCUCCCCCCUUCCCGCUCUCCCUCCCACUCAGUCACCCACCCACCCACCCAGAGCCGGGACGGCAGCCCAGGAGCCGGGGCCCCGCCGCCGCCUCGCCGCUAUCCUGGACUUCCUCCUGCCGCAAGAGCCGGCUUCCACGUGUGCCCCGGAGCCGGCUUCUUCGCACACUCUCCGCUCCGGGUCUGGGUGCCUUCAGCAGCCGGAGCAGCCGGGGAUCCGGGGCUCGGGAGGCAUCUGGGCCAAGUUAGGAGCGGCGGAGUCGAGCGCCGAGAGUCUGCAAAACCGCAGGGGUCGCGGGGUAGCCGGGUCUGAGCCACAGCAAAUGGGCUCCGACGUGCGGGACCUGAACGCGCUGCUGCCGGCGGUACCUUCGCUGGGUGGUGGCGGCGGUUGUGCCCUGCCGGUGAGCGGCGCCGCACAGUGGGCGCCCGUGCUGGACUUUGCGCCCCCCGGCGCCUCAGCUUACGGUUCCUUGGGAGGUCCUGCGCCGCCGCCGGCUCCGCCGCCACCCCCACCGCCGCCGCCGCCGCACUCCUUCAUCAAACAAGAGCCGAGUUGGGGAGGCGCGGAGCCUCACGAGGAGCAGUGCUUGAGCGCCUUCACCGUCCACUUCUCAGGCCAGUUCACUGGCACGGCUGGAGCUUGUCGCUACGGACCCUUCGGUCCUCCUCCGCCUAGCCAGGCGUCCUCAGGCCAGGCCAGAAUGUUCCCCAACGCACCCUACCUGCCCAGCUGCCUCGAGAGCCAGCCCGCUAUUCGCAACCAGGGAUACAGCACUGUCACCUUCGAUGGGACUCCCAGCUACGGUCACACGCCUUCGCACCACGCGGCUCAGUUCCCCAACCAUUCCUUCAAGCACGAGGAUCCCAUGGGCCAGCAGGGCUCCCUGGGUGAGCAGCAGUACUCUGUGCCGCCCCCGGUCUACGGCUGCCACACCCCCACCGACAGCUGCACCGGCAGCCAGGCCCUGCUGCUCAGGACGCCGUACAGCAGCGACAAUUUAUACCAAAUGACCUCCCAGCUUGAAUGUAUGACCUGGAAUCAGAUGAACUUAGGAGCCACGUUAAAGGGAGUUGCUGCUGGGAGCUCCAGCUCAGUGAAAUGGACAGAAGGGCAGAGCAACCACGGCACCGGGUACGAGAGUGAUAACCACACCACGCCCAUCCUCUGUGGCGCCCAGUACAGGAUACACACCCACGGCGUCUUCAGGGGCAUUCAGGACGUGCGGCGUGUGCCUGGAGUAGCCCCGACUCUUGUCCGGUCGGCGUCUGAGACCAGUGAGAAACGCCCCUUCAUGUGUGCUUACCCAGGCUGCAAUAAGAGAUAUUUUAAGCUGUCCCACUUACAGAUGCACAGCCGGAAGCACACUGGUGAGAAACCAUACCAGUGUGACUUCAAGGACUGUGAACGAAGGUUUUCUCGUUCAGACCAGCUCAAAAGACACCAAAGGAGACACACAGGUGUGAAACCAUUCCAGUGUAAAACUUGUCAGCGAAAGUUCUCCCGGUCCGACCACCUGAAGACCCACACCAGGACUCAUACAGGUGAAAAGCCCUUCAGCUGUCGGUGGCCCAGUUGUCAGAAAAAGUUUGCCCGGUCAGACGAAUUAGUCCGUCAUCACAACAUGCACCAGAGAAACAUGAGCAAACUCCAGCUGGCACUCUGAGGCACCCCCGUCCCAGGGCGCCGCUCUGUGUCCCAGGCAGGACUCAGAGCUGACUUUAAAAUUCCUCUCUCAGAAGGAAUUGGCGGUUGACCUUCUUCAUCCAGCUUCCAAGACAAGAUGUCUGUGCUACUGGAUCCUACCAGGUUUGCCCGGAGGGAGUUGGUCUCUGCUUGGCCAACUCUUCGUUGACUCAGAAGGCCCUGGAGAAGUGGCUCACAGUGUCCGGUCAGUUCAAAGCCCAUCACCAUUUGGUCUGGAUUUUCCAGUGUAAGAAGAGCCAUUGUUGAAGGUGUCCCCCCGCCCUCCCCUUCUCCAUUUACGCUCAUUUUCACGAGGAAUAGAGUCGUUGUACCAUUUUCCAUCAUAGAAUAUUUAUAGGCCAGGGCAUUUGGAUGUGUCUGCUAAUGUAAACUUUGUCAUGGUUUCCAUUUACUAACAGCAACAGCAAGAAAUAAAUCAGAGAGCAAGGCACUGGGGGUGAGUCCCAGCCGACAUUCCGGAGGUUAGGCAGGCUGCUGCCCUGGAAGGCAGGAUGUAGUGCUACCAGGCAGCUUUUAAAACUCAAGUGUUUCAAGCAGCUGAAAAAAGAAUCAGAACUAACCAGUACCUCUGCAGUUACCUAAAAGAAUCUUACUGUUGUCAGUUCGAUGUUAACACUAGAACAGUGCUCUUAUGAAACCGUGCUUGAAGAUCUGAGAUUCUGUUUUUGUUUCUUUCUGAGUUGUAAUCAUGCACAUCUUCAGAGAUGUACAAAUCUCCUCACACAAAGGAAGUGGAGUUCAUUUUUCUCAUUUGGGGUGUCCUCCAUAGUGUACAGACCACGCUGGUUAUGUGGCUUCAAGUUGUAUAAAUUAAAGUGACUCAAAAGAAAAUAAGGGCUGGUCCAGUAUCUCCACUGAUAAGACUGUUCUUGAGUAACUUAAGUAACUUUGGGUCUACAAGUUUAUGUGAAAAAAAAAAUGAGGCUUACUAGUGUGAGGAAAUCCAUUGUUUAAAGGUGGUUGGGUGUGUGUGUGUGUUUUGUUUUUGUUUUUUUAAGGGGGGGAAGUUUAUUAUGUACUGUUGCUUGAAAUUAUUGUGUAAAUAUAUGUAUCUGAUAAUGAUUUGCUCUUUGACAACUAAAGUUAGGAAAUGUAUAAAUGUUAGAUGUGUCACUGGUGUUGAUCUUCCAACAUAUUGAUGAGAACACUAAAAAUGUAACCUGCAUUUUUCACUUCGCUCUCAAUUAAAGUCUGUUCAAAAGGAAA